UGUCAGAUGGCAAUAAACUAGAAGCUCCUGGUCAGGCCCGCGGAAAUGGGCGAACAUAAUCUGCUUAAUCCCAGCUUUGUGGGACCUUUAGUAAAUAUCCACACUGGAGACACCUUUUAUUUGCCCAAUUUCAGGACCUCUGGGGGGCAGUUGCCGGGCUUGCCUUCUCUCUCUUACCCCAGAAGGGAUAACGUGUGCUCCCUGCCCUGGGCAUCUACCGAGCCCUGCAAUGCCUACCCCCAGCCCUACCUCAGCAGCCCGGUCUCCAUUAACCCCUCGUUCAGCAGAGCCUGUGACCUGGCCCGGGUGGAGGAGAGCAAAUGUUACUACCGGGAGGCGUGCCCGGACAACCCCAGCCUGAAGCGAGAGGACCGGCUGAGGGACAAUGUGCUGAUGCCCCUGGACAGCGCCAGCAGCUACCACAAGUACAUGGAUUACACGGCUGCCGAGCCGGCUCCCCAUGACCCUGCUUCCUGCCAGUCUCUAGAGUCUGACUCCAGCUCGUCCGUGAUCAAUGAAGGCACCAAGAACCCUCCCAGCGACUCCAACACCAUGACCUCGCCUAAUAACCAGAGCAGCAAUCUGUCUGCCAGCGGGGCUCCUUGGUACCCAAUGCACACCAGAUCCCGCAAGAAGAGAAAGCCCUACUCUAAACUGCAGCUAGCUGAGCUAGAGGGCGAAUUUAUGGUCAACGAAUUCAUCACUAGACAAAGAAGGAGGGAACUUUCAGACCGGCUCAGUCUCAGUGACCAACAGGUGAAGAUCUGGUUCCAGAACCGACGCAUGAAAAAGAAAAGACUUCUCAUGAGGGAACAAGCCCUGUCGUUCUUUUAAACAUGUCCCCUCAAGCUAUCAUGCACGGUAGCCAGAGAUGUCCCUCAACCAUACUGUAAAAUGAUCAGGUCUGAUGAAGCCAUUAACUUUAUUUUUUUUCUAUAAUGUCACCGGCUUUUCGAAUGAACCCAUUAUUCAUGUGAUGAAGACAGUCUGGUCUUGUUUAGCUACCGAGAUGGGUAAACAUCAGUCUUAUAGGGCUGUAGCCUUCGGUUCCUGGGCUUGUUUUGUCUCUGGCCUCUAUGUGACGUCAUUACUGGCUUUGUGCAGUUUCAAGGCUCUACCCAAAUGCCAAUUACCAGUUGUUUAUAAUUAGUCAUUUGGCUCUUACCCUAGGUGAACCCAUUGGUGUCUGCUCCUGAGAAUUGGGAUGUGAACCUCGGAUCACAAACAGUAGACAGUCUGACAGUCUGAAGACUGAUGUCCGAAACCGGACAAUUUUGUUAAAGAAAAGCAUACCGCAUUCUUUUCGGCUUCUAUUCUCUGCAAACAAUAAUAAAUAAUAUCAAGAAUAAA